CUUUAUUACAACAGAGCUAUAAGCAACUUCUUUAGUUUGCGAAACUUUUUUGGACUGCUCUCGUAACCAUUUAAGUGCAAUUGUUUACAUAUUUUAGUAAAUUAGUAACUUGACAAAUUCAUUUUACUUUUAAUUUAAGUUUGAAUUACCGGUAAUAAAAUCUUUUAAAUUUCACAUGCAUUCAUUGUUUACGUUCUAGUGAUUUAGCAAUGAAUGGGUGUAAAAAUAUUUGCUACAUUAUCAUGAAAUGGACUAAAAAUUCAGAGAUGCCUAACUUAAAACUCUAUUGUAAUAGCAAAAGUGUCCUAUGCCUGAACCAAUAAGGAGUAAGAUGCCUUUCAAAUUGAAACUUAAAAAAAGUAGACAGUACAACGUGUCCUCAAAGAAUUUAUUUGUACUAUCAGUUGAAUUGCUGGAUAAUACUACAGUCGAGUGUACUCUGUCUGCCCAAAGUCUUGGCCAAGAAUGUCUCAAUAAUGUUUGUCAAAGACUUGGACUCCAACAGCCGCAGUUUUUUGGUUUGAAAUUCCUGUCAAAGAAAGGCUCUUUUUGGUGGGUGGAUUUAAAAAGACCGUUGAAGAGGCAACUUGAUAAAUAUGCCCUUGAGAGUUGCAGUCUCUAUCUGGGAGUCAUGUUUUUUGUGGCUGAUGUAAAUAUUCUUCAUGACGAAGUAACCAGGUAUCACUAUUUUCUUCAGUUGAAAUCUGACAUCCUAGAAGGAAAACUGCGCUGCAACGAAGAUCAAAUGAUCCUUUUUGCUAGCUAUAGCUUACAAGCUGAGUUUGGGGAUCAUGAUCCUGAAAGGCAUACAACAGAAUACCUCUCUAAUUUUGGUCUUUUGCCAAAGCAAAUUGCAGGCAACAAAGAGAAUGCUAUUUUAGAGAGAGUCAUUCUGAGUCACAGAAGUCUCCAAGGAAUGCCACAGCAACUUGCAGAAGUGUAUUACAUCAUGGAAGCCCAACAUCUCAAUGGUUAUGGAUUAGAAUGUUUUGCUGCUAAAGAUCAUGCUGAUAAUUCCAUUAUCAUUGGGGUAUUGUUCAUAGGCAUUUAUAUAUGGUAUCUUAACAACCAACCAUCGAUUUAUUUUUCGUGGGAACAAAUAAUAAAUCUAGUCCAUCAUAAAAGGUGUUUCAGCAUUGAACACAGAAAUGCUUCGAAAGUUUUGCAGAUAUAUUUAGAUGAUUCUCAUUUUGCUAAGUAUGUUUGGAGAACGUGCAUUCAACAACAUGGCUUCUACUCCAGAAAUGAAGGUGUCCUCAAUAGUCCUGUUCCUGAGCAAUUAGUAGAACUAAAGCCACCUAAUAUAUAUAAUCGUCCAGCUGAAAACAAACCUCAGAGUGCAAUUCAAGACAGUCAUGAGUCAUUAGAUGGAUUAGGUGUCUAUCACACUGAUCAACCUUUUAAUGAAAAUGUUCAAACAAUGUCCAAUCAGCAGCCUGAUAACACUUCUUGCAAGGUUCUCUCUUCCCACCCACCUCCCAUAUCUGCACGCAACAGUAACUCUUGCAUUUCAUCUACAAAUGGAGAUUCUGCUCACUCGAUUUAUUCACAGUCGGCCCUCCGACGCGCGUCUUCGUCUGAUGCAUCCAUUCAUCGCAGCUUAGCCAGCAUCCAGGAGACUGAUACGAAACCUGUGUCCUCAGUUUUACCGCUCUAUAGACAAGCUCCAGAUUAUGACACUGCAGUUAAGUUAAAAUACGGCCUUCAGAGUUAUAGCACUGGAGAUAUGUCUGCUAGUCAUUUAUAUCAAUCAUCCCCCACAUCCAAUCCUGUUGAGAGCGUACAUCCUGCGCAACAACAACAAUCUUAUAGUCAGUACAAAAAUUAUGUUGAUCUCUCUCUCCUUAAUAUGUGUGAUGGAGAAAAAGUAGAUCCAAAAAUGCUUUUUAGGAGCAGUCGGGAUCCUCCUGUUCAUACGUACAGUUCUCCUGAUCUUGCUGUUCCUCAUGAAAACACCUCAAAUCCUCUCCAUCACUUCAAACCACCUCCACCUUAUCCUUACAUGCAAAGAUCUAGCUGCAGUACACCUGAUUUAACUAGAAAUAGUGUCGUUUCAACCAAUCCGUCGGCAGUUUUGAACAAACCAAAUUUGCCUUACAAGAUUGUUUCGGUGGGAUGUGCCAAAGUCGUCACCUCCAAUCCGAUUCAGCAGCAGACCGUAGCCUCCACUAAGUUGGUAGACUCGCAAAACAAUCUCCCCACUCACUCCUAUGAGAACUGCAAGGCCUCGGAAGCCGAAGGGCCGACCAGACUCGCAAUCAGGAGGGACAGCAAUCGACCUUCUUCCCUCAAGAUGGAAGGUGGAGAGGAGGCGGACCCCCUGAUGGGACCUAUGCUUGUUGCAGCUAUGAAUGGACUCUGUUUGUCUAGGCCAAAUUUUUUGGCUCCCACUUUGAGUACACUCAGGAUUCCAAAUGAUACUAGGAUCCAGGCUCUGGAGAGCAGGCUAUCUGAAGGUCAAGUGUUUCUUGAGUUUGAAAGAAUUCCAAAAAAGAAGCCCAACGCAGAUUUCACGACCGCCCUCCUGCCGGAAAAUGUUCUGAGGAAUCGUUUUAAAGAUGUCUUCCCCUAUGAAGAAAACAGAGUUCGCCUCACUCCAACUUCAGAAAACAAAACUGGUUACAUAAAUGCUUCUUAUCUAAAUGUGUCCAUAGGAUCCAUGCAAAGGUUCUAUAUAGCUGCCCAGGGUCCUCUUCCCAAUACACUGUACAGCUUCUGGCAAAUGGUAUGGGAAGAUCAUGUCAUGGUUAUUGUCAUGCUAACAGAUGUUCAAGAGGAAGGGCGUGAGAAGUGUUUUCCAUAUUGGCCCCAAGAAGAUGGUAAUAAACUCCAAAUUGGAGAGUUCCAAAUCACAAGGAACUUCAGCAUGUCAUCUUCCACCUACACAACGUGUUCGCUCUCAUUAUCUCAUGUCAUCUCACACCAGCAGAGACCUCUAUGGCACAUCCAAUAUACAGACUGGCCCGACCACAGCUGCCCCCACGACCUCCCAGGUUUCAUCUCUUUCAUGGGAGAAAUGGAUGCAGUUCGAAGGCAUGCAGCAGCAGACAGCCGCCAGCCUGUACUUGUACAUUGUAGUGCGGGUGUUGGACGUUCUGGUGCAGUUCUUCUCUGUGACAUUAUGCUUCAUUGUCUCGAUCAUAAUCAGGCUGUGGAUGUGCCAAAAGUUCUGACCCAUCUCAGAUUUCAACGUAUGUUGACCGUCCAGACAUUAGCUCAAUACAAGUUUGUCUACACAGUUCUCAUCCAGUAUCUCAAGAACUCAAGACUCAUUUAGUUUCAUUUUUAACAUACUUUUACGCUAGACAAACGAGCAUACCACACAUUCCUGAAAGGAUUUAGCCUUGUAUAAACAUUGCAGGAUGUUCUGUAAUGACCGCUCUUGAUACAUGUUUUUAGAGUCCUUUUUCAGAAGUGGUGAUUAAAAAAAAUAAACGCACUGAGGUUUGCAACUUAAAAAUGUAUGGCGUAAAAGUAUUAGUUAACAAAUGUGUAAGCAAAAUUGAACCUAACUUUUUAAAAAAAUUAUUUUUCUUCAAUAUUAAUAGAAGGAGGAAAUUAAAAUAAUUUUGAGUUGGCUUGAUAUUGAAAUUUUGGUUUUAAUUCUUUGUUAAAUUAUUAUUACAGAGUCAAUUACAAAUCUUAAUUCUCAUGAAAAAUUUCUAUGUAUAGAUUUGCAUGAGAAAUCUGUAUUAUUUGGAAUAGGGAAGCUCUUUUAGUUAAAAAAAAAAAGGACUCGCAAAUUCGCAAGUCUUGAGUUAAGGACCCAUAGUUUUAAAAGUAUAACGGAAUCAUUGCUACAGUAAAUUAACAAAUCACUACCAAGACAGAAAGGAAUUAAAAUAAACCUAAACCAAUGCCAAUUUGAUUGUCUAAUGAAUCCUGUUUGAAUUCUCCUCUGACAACUCUUUGAUGUUUUCAGUCCCGACCUCCUUCAAAUAUGAUUUGUUAGAUUUUUAAUAGUGUUUUCGUUUUUUUCUUUGCAUGAGUGUUAACUUGUGAUCCUCCGUGUGUUUAUUUUCUUGUCCUCUUUCUGGUUUUUUAAAACA